AGAAGCAGACGCACAACUGCAAUGUUUUGGUUUUACUGAGUUGUAUUAAUGUUACGAAAUGGCAAAUUCAGUAUCACCUCCACGGUCCUUUGCUGAAGAUGACAUAUAUAAUGAUGAAGUAGACAGCUCAGAUUUAGAAGAAGACCGAGAUGGAUUUAUAAAUGCAUCAGAUGAAGAUACUGAAGAUGCCAGUGAGACUGAAGAGAAACGAGAGUCUGUAUCCUCAAAUCAACCCAGGACAGAAAUAAAAGAGCAAAUGUAUCAAGAUAAGCUGGCCCACUUGAAGAAACAGUUACAGAUGCUGCAGAGUGGAAUUUUGCCAGAGUAUAUCAAACGAAAUAAGAAAAUUGACCAACAGUACAGAGAACGGUUACGAAUGAAUGAAAUUUGGCGAGACUUAGAGCUUGAAAUGGUAGAAAGGGACUAUAUCAAAGAGAAGAAGAGUGCUGUUAAAGACUUUGAGGAGAAAAAGAUUGACUUGAAGGAAAGUUUGAUUGCCGAAUUGGAGGAAAAGAAACGUAUCAUUGAAAGUGAAAGGGUUUCUAUGGAUUUAAAUGGAGGUGUACUUGACUUCAUGGAGGUGAAACCUAUCAACACGCGUAAACUCCGCAGACGUCCCAAUGAACCGAUGCCACUUCCCGAGAAACGCCGCAAACCCUCGCCGGAUAUCCUCUCUCAGGUUAACUUCGUCCUGGAUGAGAAUGAAAUUAAUGAUGACCUGCGAAUCAUUAACAAAGUGAGCGGCAGACCAUUCCAGAAGAAGGUGACCCCUCCCCCAGCCAUGAUUGAUUGUGUCUCUGAUGUCAAGAUGGAGGAUGGAAAACUGUUUUAUGACAAGCGCUGGUUUCACAGAAAUCAGCCCAUCUAUGUUGAAUCAAAGGAAGGGGGAAAGAUCUGUGGUGUUAUUACAGGGGUAGGAGCUCAAGAGAUUUGGGUGAGAAAGACUUCAGACAACACAAAGUUGAGAAUAUAUCUGUCACAGCUGCAGAAAGGAAAAUAUAUUUUAAGAAGACGGUCCACGUGAAAUUCUUCAGAACUGUUGUAUAAAUAAUCAUAAACUCCAGGCAUUAACAAAAAGUGAUUCUUGUCAUAUUUAAACAUUUCACUUUCAAGCAAGUAAUGUAGAACUUCAACCAACAGUAAUAUUCGAUGGAGUCUUGUUACUGAAUGUUUUCUACGACAGAAGAAAAUGCACUUGGUUGGCUGGAACACCUUCACCAUACAUGUACAAGAAUUAAAACUUUUGCAUUGAUCAUAUCAUAAACAUGAAUUAUGUUUGUGCCAUUUUCUGGAAUACAAAGCUAUAGCAAAGAUCAUCAUUAGAGAUACUGUAGCAAGUUUUAUGUGUUUGUGUACAGAUAUGUAUUAUUGUGGUCAAACCUGCCAUAAGGGUUCACCAAAAUUCUUCUAUUAACUCAAGCAGUUGCUUUUCUACAUAAUUUUAGGAGAGCAUUUUAUAUCCCACCAUCAAUGUUCAAACCAAUCUGAACUAGUAGAAUGAAUGUACAUGAUUAUAAAAUUUAGUUGUAAAAGAGAUAAAAACAGUGUUCGACAAAUGCUUAAGAAAGUUGCAAGUCCGCACAGAAGCUGUGACUAACCUAGUACCCUAUGUAUUAUAGUACUACAAAUGAUAAUUUCCACUAGCCCAGACCAAAAAUUAACAGUGGAUUUGUUGAACCCUGGUUAAAAAGGUUUGUUACUUGAUGUCAGUAAGUUUGCAGGGCUAGCUCUGGGUGUGUAGAAAACUUCACCAAAUUUAUCCAUUAAACUCUCAAAUUUGCAGAAACCCACCAUCAUUUUCAAGAAAAUAACAAUCAUUACAUGAAAUUCUUUCACCAAAUUCAAAUAAAAUUCUCCAGUUGUGUUUAAAAUUGGCGAAUUUGGCAAGUGCCAGAGCUAGCCCUGAGUUUUUAUUAGGCUAUAACUUCUUACAACCUAACAGUACAGGUGCUGGAGCAGGUUUACCUCUAACGAUUUGUACAUUCUGUGAUGGUUUUCCAUGUCAGUCAUUUAAUCACAGUUUUGAACCAAUGCGUGAAGUAUUAUUUAACCAGAUUUGGUCAACAAAUAUGGACAUGGGUAGUAAAUAUACUGUAGUUCAUCAGUUCUAAAAUAAAUAGCUUAAACAGAGUUAAGGAACUUUGUCUUCGGUAGACCUGUAUGUACUGCAUCUGUGAAGAUGAAAAUACCCAUGACAAUCCAGAUAACAUUUUAUUCAUCUUCAUUGCUGGCCUACAUUGUUCACCAAGCAGCUCAUAUUGGCUCACAGGGGACUAGUCAGUUGUGGUUUUUUCCAGUUGUGCUGCUAUUGGACAGUUAUGUUUCAUUCUAGCAAUACUCACACAGUGCAACUGUCAGUUUGGCUCUGUUGUUAGCAGUCUUGUCAUUCAUUAACCAAAAUAAGUGCAACAGUGAAUUUGAACUGACCUUUCCAACCAAAAGUAGUGUUAGGCCAACAAACUGGUACAAGUAUCUGUGUAGGACACAUUAAUAAAUACUCGAAGGAAACUAGUUGUGUUAUCACUGUGAAAAUUGUAUUUCUGGACAUGAAGGUAAAGUGAAUUUAAGCAGAGACAUAUUUGAAAGAUCUUAUAAUUAUUAUUAGCAGUACAUUGAUGAUGCCAUAUUGCUAUCUUUGAGGAUAUCAUGAUUUCUGUCUGCCAAAUGCUCGGACUUGAACUGCUUUAACUGCAAAAGUUUCCACCCUUAUUGACAGCAGUUCAUGAAAUCUGCUGGUACUGAAACUAAUCAUGAACCUGGUACAGAUUGUUAGAAAUAUGCAUGGAUUAUCAGGAUAGUGUAGGUGCAUGAGGAAUGGUAGUAGGACUCGUCUAGCCUAUACAAUGAUAUAAAUAAAACUUGUUUAAAAUGUGA